UUAAGUACAGAGCAAGGCAGAGACAUUAAAGCAACAAUUUUAGGAAAAGAAUAGGUCCUUUUCUCAAUGCCAAAGCUUAGAACCAAAGUUUUUAUGCCUUUUCCUAUUAUGGGUCCAUAAAUAGAUAACACAUAGUUUCUAUAGUGCUGCUAUAUACACUAAAAUGGCAUUUUCAGGCCAACUUCUCCAGCAUAGUAUAUGGUCUAAACCGGAGUUUAUGCAUACCCUGAGCGUCCCUCCAUUGAAAGCUAUCCAUGAAUCAGUUACGAAAGUAUCACAACUAAGACUUAAAAUACGGAGCAUCAAGAGCAAAUAUAACUGUUUGGUCACACUUUCGAUGUUAAAUCCUGAGAAUGGCACAAGUAUGAGUACAUUUUCUCCAUCCGACACAAUCAAGAAGUUCUACUCUAGCAUCAACAACAAAGACAUGAACCAACUAGCACUGCUAAUAGAUAAAGAUUGUUUCUUUGAUGAUUUCUCCUUUCCUAAACCAUUCCAAGGGCGAAAGGAGGCUUUGAAAUUUCUGGGGAAACUAACCACAUGCAUGGGGAAGAACACAAAGUUCUACAUUGAGAACAUUUAUGAGGGAGUUGAUCUCACAACUGUGGUUAACUGGCAUUUAGAGUGGAACAAGAAACAGGUUCCUUUCACUAGAGGCUGCAGCUGCUACGAGUUAUCAAGACACGGAGAUCAAGAACUAGUCAUAAAGAAAGCUCAAGUAAUCCUUGAAUCGCCAAUCAAACCAGGAAGCUUCGCUUUGGAAGUGUUCCAGAAGGUCAUUUCAGUAUGUGAUGCUUUCCCUGAGGCUGCGGAAUGGUUGUUUCUGAUGAGUCACCUUCUGUUACCAAGUAUCUACAAUAUAGCUCUCCAGCCAAGCAUACUUCCAAUUCUUGCCUGCUACCGCAAGUUAUGGAGUAUCAUAGUUGCCUUUCUUACACUUAUCUACACAAUAUUCAUGUUCAUUAUAAAGAAAUUCCACGAGUAGAACAUGUACACAGUUUGACACUCAUGACAUCGGACAACAUUCAAGACUUCACUUUCCCUACAUACAUAUAGACGGUAGAAGACAAGACAAGACUUCACA